UGUACACGCCUUAGUAUUAUGUGGAAAAAAAAAACAACGUCAUGCUUUUGGUAAAAUAACAUUUUCGAACGUUGUGAUCACAUACAUUCGUGAAUGUUUUUUCGUUGUACAAAGUUUAGUACAAGUAGCAGCGAAACGAUGAUUUGCAAAACUAUAAUUAUAUGUUUACUUUGUUUUACCGUUAGUGUAAAUGCACUUCUCGGUUUGGGCAAUUCCUCGGUACAGCGAAUUCCCAAAUGGAAACUGGCCACCGACUUGGAAGAAGUAUUUGAGGACAAGCAAUUCGUAAGGUUGUUGAGCUCCAUGGACACGUUGGACUAUGAUUAUAUCAUUGAGAUCGGCGAGGAAGACGUCGAGUUGCUUUCGAAGGAGUGCCACACCGACGACGGCUGCCUCGAGGAAAAAAGCAAGUCGGUGAAAAAGUAUCACUCCAAAGUGCAAGGGCUCCAGUGCGUGAACGCGAUAAUCAUCGAGUCAUUUUGGACACAAGUGGAAGGUCUAAGGCGGGAGUUAGGAACGGAUCUCCCCAGAGAAUUGUUCCAGACUAAAGUUACCGAUCACAUGUCGGUAUUGACGCACAUGUUGUCCGUGAUGUACUUGGCGAAAUGGGCGCCUCAGCCGUGGCAAAUAAAAACGCUGACCUUCUUUACCGGCCUGGUUUCUCCGGACCUUGUGGGCAAUUUCUUAAGGAAAUUCAAAGAAGCUCAUGCCCAGGUGGAGGCCCAGUUGGAUGCGUACAUUGCGAAAUGUCGCCUUGACGGUUAUUUGCAUACCUCCAGGCUAUACUCCUCGGACAACAUCCCGGACUUUUACGCGGGCAAUCUGUUUGCCAACAGUGUCAAGUUCGAAUACGCCUACAACAAAGCGCAUCUGUUCACCGUGGAAAACCUAAUGUUAUCGCAUUUGCACCGUGGCGGUAAUGGCGGCGGCGGCGGCGGCGGCGUCGAAGAUCUCAUGGACAUUGAUAUGUUGGAUCCCAGCUCGGUGCAGGAUCAAGGGUACCAAGGGGGACCGUUUGGAGCCGGUCCCCUGGUGCAGUUCGGCGUGGAAUGGUCCCGGACGAAUUCGCGCUUGCUCAAACUGGAGAAAUUGAUCGGCGGAAAGGAACAUCAAACGUGGCUAAUGAACCCGGUCGAAAACCGGGACUACCACGUGUUGCUGCUGAAGUGCGUCCGGCUGAGGUUGAUGUACCACGCGUGGCUGCACGCUGCCGUUUUCUGCGCCGUCAAGUCGGGAAGCGUCGCCCUUGAAGAGCGCCUGCCACAGAGUUGGUCCCGGCUGGAGGGUCCGCUGAAGCACGCCGUACGGUUCCUGGUUCCCCGGCACUGCGAUCCUUUCUGGAUACUGCUGCGGGCCAUGAUGGACGACUUUGACCACUUGGACGCCGUUGAACUCCAAUUCAUCGAAGGGCUGAUGAGAAUCCAUUUGGUGGAAGCCGUUGGCAAUUUGGGCGUCGGCGACAAGCAACAGGUGGACGUGGGUUUGCAAACGAUUUUCACCCGGGAAAACUACAAAACCAACAUCGAAGGCGUGGUCGCGGCAAACGUCCAACAGCUUCAGGCGUACACCGAAAGUUUAACACAAGUCUUCGGACCACUCAACGGUACAUUUAUCAGCAUGUACGCGAACCACGACACAUGGUAUACGCGUGCAGAAUUCAAAUCGCUAAAAGAAUAGGUGUAAAUUACUAUUUGUACUCAUUUCCGUGGCUUGUCCGCAUUCUCCUCUCGACGGUUUUUGUAUAAUUCAACCGUGUUACCCAAGCAAAAUUUAUCACACUGUAUUAUAGUACGGUAAUUCAUAUAAUCUGAAAAAAUCUGUCAUUCAUAAUUAUUACUGUUCUUUGUUUUAUGAUUAUCAUUAGUUUUAUAAGGUGUGUGUGUGUUUUAGGAAAUUUAUUACAGAUUAAACAAUUA